ACUCUCAACACCACAAGUCCCAGCAUGCAACGCUCCCUGUCGGAAAAGGGCCUCCCUUAGCCACUAAGUGGACCAUCAUGCAACGUUCUCUGAUGGGGCGGGGCUGUCCACGGGGGAGGGGGGGCACACUUGUGGCGUCGCCUCAGCAACUCCAAUUGUGUGACAGAAUGUGCUUCCGCUUCCGCCUCUGAGCCCUAUGAGCGAGAGUUACGCUACUUAGUCGUCGUGACGCCAUUCUUCUGCGACGGCGGGGGCCUGGAGCUUCCGCGCGGUGGCUUCACUCUCCUGUAAAACGCUGGAGCGGCGAGUUGUUGCCUGCGGCUUCUGACCUGAGAGCGAAGGGGAAAGCGGCGAGAUGACUGACCGCUACACCAUCCAUAGCCAGCUGGAGCACCUGCAGUCCAAGUACAUCGGCACGGGCCACGCCGACACCACCAAGUGGGAGUGGCUGGUGAACCAACACCGCGACUCGUACUGCUCCUACAUGGGCCACUUCGACCUUCUCAACUACUUCGCCAUUGCGGAGAAUGAGAGCAAAGCGCGAGUCCGCUUCAACUUGAUGGAGAAGAUGCUUCAGCCUUGUGGACCGCCAGCCGACAAGCCCGAGGAGAACUGAGACUGCCUUACCACCGCUGUGCAGGGCACCUCUCCCAGCGUUCCUCCGGUUUGCCAAUCCUCUUGAGUAUUCCUGUCUCCAAAGGACCGGCUCUCCAUUCUCCUGCGCCUCGUGCUCUCUGCGUACAGAAGUGCUUGCCCCGGGAGUCCCGCCUGACCUGCCUUCAUGUGAGAACAGCAUUGGGAGACCAGCAGGACCCCUGAGAACUGUGCUGGUGGAGAGGUCCUAGAGCCGGCAAGCGUUUGAGAGCAUGGCGCUGGAGUGAGAUGGGAUUUGGCGUCUGGUUUUUGGCUAAUUGGUUGUCAUUGGCUUUUUCCAUAAAGUUUACAAAUCGUUCA